CGUCGAGUGCAUUACUUCAUUUACAGCCCUACUCCUCGGGACAAUGGGCAAGAACUGAGCCGCACAACCCUCUCUCACACUGUCUCUCGUUCCAUUCCCAGUACCCUUUCUUCGUCGCCCCUUUCCGCCUCUCCAACUAUCCCUUUCAAACUCCUAAAAACUUUCUUUUUAACGUGAACUCCCAGUACCGAAUACAAUACAAAACCAUCCCUAUCCCCCCCUCCUCUCCCUCGAAGUCCAGCAAUAGGAGAAAGAUGGCUUCUUUCUCCUGGGGUUUCCCUCUUAUUUUCCUCCUUUUCAUGACUACCAUCUCCAGCAAACUCAGCUUCUCUGCUGAAACAGAAGGUUCCAAGGCAUCAGCAAUGGCGGAGAUGAGACCGGUGGCUCCGGCUUUGGGGCUCCAGCAAUUGAUGCUUAACGAGACCACCCGAAGGCGGCUCAGCAGCUUCCAGAUAUGUGCUCUUUGUACUUGUUGCGGAGGCCCAAAGGGCCUCUGUCUUCCUUCUCCUUGUUGCUAUGCAAUCAGCUGCAACAUUCCAAAUAGGCCCUUUGGCUUCUGCUCUUUUCUGCCCAGGACAUGUAAUUGCUUUGGAUGCCAUCUCUAAUUACUAAAUCUUCCUGUUAGUAUUUAUUUUAAAUUCUAGUUUCUAUUUGCUAAGCGACCGUUUUAUUUGAUGCAAGUGUAAUGGGGAAGAAGGGGUAUUUGUUUGGUUAAAUCUGUUUAGUAUUUGGUUUAAAAUAUAUUGCAUAUUUACCUGGUUUGAAAAUGGAACAUUAGAACAUUGUAAUCGCUUUACAGUUUUAUUAAUCAAACUUCUAAAU